CUAUAAUUCAACCUCUCACCCCUCCACUACCAAUGCCACAUCAUCCUGAGCGGAUAUUCACUUUCACUUCUCUUCCUAAAGGCUGACUUUAACGACAGUGAGUUUCCUGUUUUCAAGAGGACCGACAUCUGAAUUGCACCAUCAUCACAAUCCCGGGACAAUGACUAAGUAGAUCAGUAGAAGGGGGGCUUCAGGGCGGCAGUGGUCUCAUUUUGGUUUCCUCCACCAGGGCAGCGCAGUCUGUCUCCUCCUCUCUUCUCACCGCGCAGUGUUUCUUUAAAAGGCUGAGCUCGCCGGUCUCUGAGCACCGGAUCGUGUCCCCGCUCGGCUCAGCAGCAGCAGCAGCAGUGACAUGGCACACAGGCGGUGAAGCUGUCCGUCUGCAGCAUCCUGCACCAUGGACGCUCUCCGGCGGCCGCAGCGACGCGCAGCCUGCGCCGCGCUGAGCACCACGAUGUCCGUGUGGAUCUUACUGAGCGCGGUGUCGGGUCUGAAGGCGGAGGACGACGCGAUGGAAGAACUUACCACCGAGAAGGAGGCGGAGGAAAGUCACCGACAGGACAGCGUUAAUUUGCUGACAUUCAUUCUCCUGCUGACCUUAACGAUCCUCACCAUAUGGCUCUUCAAGCACAGACGGGUCCGUUUCCUUCACGAAACCGGUCUGGCUAUGAUUUACGGUUUGCUGGUCGGUGUGAUUCUGCGUUACGGCAUCCCUGCCACCAGCUACCACAACAAGACACCGCCGAGCUGCUCACUGAAGGAGGGUCCUACCAGCACCCUGCUGCUCAACAUCAGCGGGAAGUUCUUUGAGUACACCCUGAAAGGGGAGAUCAACUCCAGAGAAAUUCAUAAUGUGGAGCAAAACGACAUGCUGCGCAAGGUAACGUUUGACCCUGAAGUUUUCUUCAACAUCCUCCUGCCUCCGAUCAUUUUCCACGCUGGAUACAGUCUGAAGAAGAGACAUUUCUUCAGGAAUCUGGGCUCCAUUAUAACCUACGCUUUUCUUGGCACUGCCAUCUCCUGUUUUGUUAUCGGGAACCUGAUGUACGGUGUGGUCAAACUGAUGCAGGUGGUCGGACAGCUGACGGACAAGUUCUACUACACAGACUGUCUGUUUUUUGGAGCUAUUAUCUCUGCUACAGACCCAGUGACGGUGUUGGCCAUCUUCAAUGAGCUCCACGCAGACGGGGAUCUGUACGCUCUGCUGUUUGGAGAGAGCGUGAUGAACGAUGCUGUGGCCAUCGUGCUCUCCUCGUCUAUUGUUGCAUACCAGCCCAGCGGAGCGAACACUCACAUGUUUGAUGCCGCAGCUUUUUUCAAGUCUGUGGGGGUGUUUCUGGGUAUUUUCAGCGGCUCCUUUGUGAUGGGUGCAGCUACAGGAGUUGUCACAGCACUCAUAUCAAAGUUCACCAAGCUGCACUGUUUCCCGCUGCUGGAGACGGCGCUCUUCUUCCUCAUGUCCUGGAGCACCUUCCUGAUGGCCGAGGCCUGCGGGUUCACAGGUGUUGUGGCCGUGCUGUUCUGUGGCAUCACACAGGCUCACUACACGUACAACAACCUCUCUGAAGAGUCCAACAAACGCACCAAACAGCUCUUUGAGGUCCUCCACUUCCUGGCAGAGAAUUUCAUCUUCUCCUACAUGGGUCUGGCUCUGUUCACCUUCCAGAAUCACAUUUUCAGCCCCAUUUUCAUCAUCGGGGCUUUUACUGCAAUAUUCAUCGGAAGAGCUUUCAACAUCUACCCGCUGUCCUUCCUCCUCAACCUGGGCAGAAGACACAAGAUCAAGGGAAACUUCCAGCACAUGAUGAUGUUUGCAGGUCUGCGUGGAGCGAUGGCAUUUGCUUUAGCCAUCAGGGACACAGCAACCUACGCACGCCAGAUGAUGUUCACCACCACGCUGCUCAUCGUCUUCUUCACUGUCUGGGUGUUCGGUGGAGGGACCACACCCAUGCUGUCCUGGCUGCACAUCAGAGUUGGGGAGACCAAAGCGUUGCAGAAAGAGCGACGUCGACUGGGCAAGUGGAAGUACUUCAGGGUUGGUGUGGAUCCGGAUCAAGACCAGCAGCCGUGUGGAGACAGCUUCCAGGUCUUACAGGGGGAUGGUCCCCAGGGUGAAGGACAAAGUAAGACCAAACAGGAGAGUGCGUGGCUCUUCAGGCUGUGGUACACCUUUGAUCACAAUUACCUGAAGCCCAUUCUGACACACAGCGGCCCUCCUCUGACCUCCACUCUGCCAGCUUACUGCGGGCCGCUGGCGAGCUGCCUGACCAGCCCACAGGCGUACGAGAACCACGAGCAGCUGAGGGACCACGACUCUGACCUGCUCCGCAAUGACGGUGACAUGACCUUCACGUUCGGUGACACGGCCAUCACAGCAAACGGGGCCUCCGGCGGCGGUGGUGGGGACGCGGCCGGAGGGACGGGUUGGAGCGUUAACGGGAAAAGGAGCGGCAGCACGUCGGAGGAGGCGCUUGAGCGCGAGCUGGACUCCCGCGAGCAAGAGUUGCUGAGCCGAGGCACGCGGCUGGUUUUCCCAAUGGAGGACCACGUCUGACCCUCCCCCUCCUGUUCACCUUCUCGCCAACCUUCCUGUCCUUACCCCCCAGCCCGCCUCGCCCAUCAGCUCUCUCUGUACGUGCUGAAGGCAGAGCGACCGGUCCCUCAGAGAUAAGACGGCGUGCAGAGAUAUGGGAGGAGACAAGACGGGAGGUCACAGAGCCACAUCUCAGCCCCCGAGAGCAGAGCUCGAGGGCCAUUUCAUCUCAUUACAGAUCUGGAGUUUGUUCUCCAGGAGACACAAGUCCUCAUGUGCACAAGAAGAUACAAAAUGUUAUUAUGCUGUAAUUCAGUUUGUUCUGAAUAAACAAAAGGGAAACUUUUAAGCAGAAAAAAUGGGACAAAGCGUCCUUAUUCUUGAUCGAAUCUGCACUUUUGAACAUUUGACGCUGUUCUGUGUUCAGCUGCAGUGGGAAAGAAGUUGAAAAAUUUCCUGGAGGCCCUCCUCUGUCUUCAUCUGACGUGUUUGUCCUCACGGACCACCAGAAAAUAUCACUGACAUCAAACCACAUUUAAACGACUUAAUGAUGCGGAAACACAAACCAAGCUUUAAUAGAUCAAACUGGAGUCCUGUGGUUUAAAGAAUGUACCACGUAUGUGUUUGGUGAGGAUGCCCUUUGUGUCGCACAGAAGCAUCUGUGUGGAGGAGUCUGUGUGAGGAGGAGCUGCCCUCUUAGCCUCCUCAGCCUGCCGUGUGUGAAGUAACAGGGCUGAAGAAUGUGAGCAUGUAAAUAGCGACAAUACUGAGCUUUGUUCCUCUUUAGUGAGACCACUUCUGUUAGAGCAUCACCCCCCCUGGACUGUAACAAAAAGCACCUCUGUAUCUUGUCUUGGAGGGGAUCUCUUUCCGUGUUCUGAGCUGCUUUUCACAGAAAUAAUAUGAUCUGGAACAGAGCGAUUUCUUCUGUUUCCCAAUAUCACAACAAUAUUUCCCAAAACUUUGUAAACAAACGCGAGAAAAAUCACGAUUGAAGGACACUGAUGCAAUCAAAGAGCAAUUUCAACACCAUAUUAUGAAGGGCAGGCUAUGAUAACCAUCUGCAAACUAAAUAAUACUGACUUUGAGUUAUGAGAUGCCUACAUUUUUGUUGGCUGUAACUAACAAUUAUUUUCCUAAACGAUUUCUAUGCUGAUAAUUCCCCCGAUAGUUACUGCCUAUAUAAAAAUGAGAGGAAAUGUGAAGAAAAAAAAAUUGUCUAUGCUAAUUUCUUGGGAUUCCCAAGAACAAGUUGCUUGUCUUUCCAACCAAUCAUUGACAAGUAUUCACAAAAUUAUUAUGACAUGGAAGUGCAAUGAAGCUUCAUGUAGGAGAAGAUGGAACCAGUUUAAACUCGACUCUUUUUUUUUUUUUUUUUUGUCUUGAAAAACUCAAAUGUUUUGGUUGAUGCAUUAGGUUAGUCCAUGCAGUCUGUAUUAAAAAGACUGCAGAGUAGUUCUUCAGACGUUUCUAACUAGAAGAUUUAAUUGUAGUUUUUUUUUUUGACAAGUGCAACUUGAAAAGACGCCAAGGAGAGAUUUACAAGAUGAUCCUGUAAUAUUUCAUCUUGUAAUAGUUUAUUUGAGAGAUUUUGUAAUGAAGGGCUUGCACAUAAACGGAGCUCGCACAUCUCACCGAGCAGUGCUAACCCUUAGCAUCAAGUGUUUGCAUUUGGUCAACAAAACAAUGGUCUCUUUGAGAAUUUUCACAUCAGCCUGCAGUACCUGUUGAAACUGCUUCUUGCACUUCAAGUAAGAUUAAGUGAUCUCAUGAAUCUCAUGAAUCUCAUGAAAAGACAUGGGAGAUAUGUGGAAUGUUUUAACGCGUCUCACCUGUAAGUUCUUGAACCUAAAUUCCUGGAUGGACUGUAGGAUCUGCAGAAAGACAUCAACCUGUUGUACUUUUUCCUCUAAUGUUUUCAAAAGGUUCGUUGUCCACUGGCAUGUUUUAUACCACUACAAUGAUUUAUCUUCUAGAGGGUUUGAUUAUAAAUCAAUUAUCUUUUAAAAUAUCUGUGAAGUAAAUACAGAGUUUUAGCUGCUAGUUGGCAACUCAAAGAUUAGGAACAGGGGGGAACAGCUCGUCUACUUCAAUGUGAGGAGGUUAAAUUCCCACUUAACAGAAUCUGUUUUUGUAAAGAUUGCACUCUCCAAAUUUAAAGCAUGUUUACUACAAAUGUUCAAAACAGGACACUAUUUCGCUACCUUUGAAAAGAUAAGCUGCUUAUCCCUGUCUCCAGUCUUCGUGCUAAGCUAACUGACUGCAGGCUGCAGCUGAGACCUCUCACAUGCACUCCUGAGAAAAAAUUCCGACCAACAGAUUAAUUUCCCAACAGGUUGACCCCAUGGCUUUAAACUCAUUACGCAGCUCGGACUAUUUAUGUUGCAGUAGCUGCAUGCACAUAAUGAACGAUGAUAAUAUAGAGACUUCCCUGAGGUUUGAUUACAAGAAGCCUGAACAUCCGUUUCCCUGAGGGACGCAGUGUGCCGAUCAUAAACGGGGGAACACAUGUUGUUCUCUUUAUCCUCCUUAGCUGUAAAAUGAAAGUGUGUUAUCGUUUCACCUGAGGAACAGUUAUACUCUGCAGCACAGAGGGUUUCUUUUUAAUGGUUUUAAAACUAUUGCCAACAUUCAAAUCAUCGAUAAGAGACAACGGUUUCUAAAUGUCACAGUGUUUGUCCCUGUUGGCUGACAUUUUCCACAGCAGACAACUGAACCCUCGUGAUUUCCUGCAGCUUGAUUUGCAUCAAUACUCUUUUACAAAAGAUCAGUUUCCAAAUAUCCUCACUGUUUGUACUAAACCUUUGGGAAUUCUUCCUACGCAGCAUGAAUAAGAGGAGAAACAUUUAGACAUUUGCAUAUUCCCCCCCCUCCCCUUAAGCUGUUAUUAAGUGCUUAUUAAAUAAUGUAAAUAGUAUUAUAAUAACAUGCAGAUUGUCUGGGUUUACAGAGCAGUAUGCCGGCCCUGUGGGCUGCUGGAGCAGCUUGUGUGAACCAACAAGAGAGUAUGAGGAGGUUUUUACUUUUGUUUUUUGUUUCAGGGCAUUGCCACAUUCGUGUGUUCCCUUUCCCACGUCUAGACAUCUGAACCGCUCCCUGUUUGAAAUUCAACACACAACACGUGUCGCCUUUUUGUUUUCUCCUUCCUUCGCCUGUUGCAUUUAUGUUCGAGUACAGAGGGGCAGGUGUGAAAGGCUCGAUGGUGCGAGUUGAAUCUGAGGUUUUUUCACAGGAGGGAGAAGCUCCCGCACAAGUUUGAAGUCUCAGGAGGGAUCUCCCAGAGAGGAAGUGAGUGUAGUUAUGUAAGCUGUGGCUGAGCUCUUUGCACUCUGUGGGUCAUUUUAAUUUUAGCCGGAGAAGAGAAGUAACGCGAGGACGUGCUUUCCAACAACUUCUUUCUUGAAAGCAAAGCCUCGUCUGUAUCUAGGGCAUUAAAUAAUCACUUAUUUGCCAUUUUGUCUGAGCUGUUAGACUCGGACUUCUGCUCUCAAAAUCAUUUUUUGUGCAAAGAGGGGGCACACACCUUCUAGAUAUAUCUUACAGCAGAGACAGUGUUGUCUCUGGACUGUGCAAAAAAAAAAAAGAAAACAGAGUGUGAGAAUGUUCUUGUAAUUCCUGCUUCAUCGACUAACAUCAUUUUAAGAAAAAGAAACUUGCAUUUGUCAACAUGUCAAAGACUUGAAGAUGCAGGAGCACUUUAUGGGCGGCAGCAUCAUGGACGACUUCACUGUAUGCAGUCAGAUAUGUGAGCAGAGGAAUGGCACUUUACCUCAAUCAGAGGACACUCGUAUAACCUUCAUGUGCACUCUCUCUCUCUGUCGUGCUGUCAGUUCUCUCGCUGGCUAUAUUUAAAGCUCUCUGUACCUGAGAAAUAUGAGAUGUAGCUCAAAUGUCAAAAUGUGCACCUGUUGUUUCCUUGUAGCAACUGGCUGCCCGGUUCUACCUGCCAUGGAUUGCAUGUCAACAUGUUAAUAAAAAUUGUCAAAUCAUCAA